UGACGUUCACUCAGUGCCACUCACAUGGAGCUGAAAGCAGGCGGGGCUACGCCGACCCCACCAACAGGGGGCGCCCGCAGAACCCCCAGCGGGAGCAAGCCACGUCGCCCGGAAAUGCGCCAAGCGUCAGCGUCUCUACGAGGCCGUGCGAAGUGGGCGGGCAACCUGUGUUCCUGUGGACCAGCAGAAGGGGCCUGGCUGGGGGCCAGGGAGGGGCAAGGCAGGUGGGGUGGGAGGCCUGAGCAGCAAGGGGCACAGAAGUGCAUGCUUGCCCUUCCCUCCCUCAAGACACGGCAUGUUGCCCUGGUCCUCUCCGCGGUGGGACGGGGGUAAGGAGCAGGCGCCUGAGGAACAGGGCUCCUCACCAUGCAGUGGCCCUGGCAAGGAUUGGAACACUGGAGAGGAAGCCCCGGGGGGGCCAGGUACACCCCCACAGGACAGGUGAGGGGCAUGCUGGAGGCACUCGAGGGAAAUCCUACGAAGGUGGGGUCCCACCGUGUGAGGAAAUCUCAGUGGUCCACACCAAACAAUGGGUAUGUUCAGUCUCCACUCACUAGGCACCUUUGGCCUUGCCAUGGAAGUAUUCACACCUGGAGGGGCAAGGGGGUAGGCUGUUACUGGGGCAUCUCAGUACCUCCCCAUCUUUCCCCUCCCAGCCCUCAUUCCUGGUGCCCAGGGCCUUCUGGGACCCAGAGAGAAGAGCUGCUGGCCCCGUUCCCCUCAGGUCUGAUGGCUGGGCAGUCCCCGGAAACCCCAGUUCCCCUUUUCCCUCAGAUGGCCUGGGAGGUGGACCCCUCAAGGAGGACCCUACUGACACCAUGGGACCCCAACUACAAGGCUAAAGCAGGACCUCAGCUGGCGUGGGCACCCAGCUGUGCAUCCGGUGCUUCCUUUUCGGGACGGACUUUGAGUCAUCCCUCCUUUUGGCCACUGUAUGAUGCAGCCUUAGGCAGCGGCUGCAGGCCCCUGCCCACAACAGGACAUCAGAGUGGUGAGCAGGUGCCCACGGAUGCAGGGUUCCCAGUGAUGUGCGGUAGAGAUGUCUUUCUUUCAGACCCUCUGCUGCCUGCUGGGCAGCGUGUUCCCCUGUACCUGUCUGAGGCCUCUCAGCAGGUGAUGGGCUCUCUGAAGCUGCAGCUCCCACCCCCCGUCAUGUCGCCCUGGGUCCACCCGACCCAGUCACGUGGCAGCUCCACCACCUGGCUCAGUGGGCCUGAGCUGAUUGCCCUUACUGGCCUCCUGCAGAUGAGCCAGGAGGAGCCAAGACCUAGUUCCACUGGUUCCUCAGCAGCUCCCAUGCCCCCUGCUGGUUCCCCAGACCCUGUCUCUGACCGUCCAGGCCCCACUGGUGGCCAGAGCUGUUCUCACUGCACUGACCCAUCGCUUCCACAGACUCCAGACACUUGUUGCCCAUAGCACCUCUGGGGACACAGUGGGCCCCUACUUUCUCAUGCAGUUCUGUUGACAAUAAAACAGUGUUUAUUUGCAAAUGGGCUCCUC